GUGUGUUGUUGUCGUAAUGUAAACGUCAAAUGUCAGAGUUAAAAUAAAAAUAUUUUUAAUUUAUUUAUUUAAAUUAGAAUGCAAUAACGAAUUGGUGUAAUUAAUCGUUUAAUUUAAAUUAACAUCAAAGAUAAGUUUUUGAAAUGAAAAGUGUUUAGUUUUGUAGUUAGAAAAUGGCACCGCCCCCCGUUGUAACAGGGCUAAGCCCUAACGAAGGUCUUCCAGGGACGAGAAUUACAAUAAGGGGAGAGAAUUUUGGGUCUAAGCCCACUGAUUUGAUAGGUUUGACAAUUUGCGGUUUUGAUUGUCUUUUAUCAGCCGAAUGGAAGUCUCCGAAUAAGAUUAUUGCAAUUUCGGGACCGGUGAAGGGUAAAGGGGAUGUUAUAGUAACAACAAGACUGGGGGGCGUAGGCACUUGUAAUGUUACAUUUAAAGGUUACCACGAAACUAUUGGCCCAAUGAAGGAGAGUGCAGUUUGGGUCGAGGAAACCACCCCUUUGUUUGUAUGGGGGCGGCAUUCGUUGUCUCCCAGUAGUUACCAACAGGAAGACCCAUUGGGUCUCUCUGUAGAAGGCAAUGACAAGAAGUUUCCUGAAGAUGAUUUAAUAACAUAUUUUCCCGACAAAUCUGGAGACAUCGCCGCUGGGAAUUUUUCACCAGGGUGGUUUCUUCUGGAAAAUCAUCACGCCACGUCAUUUAAUGACUUACAAGCCGGGUUAAAUUAUUUGAGGAGGAAAGUGGAGGGGCAGAAGGAGGGCCAACUGUCUUUUUUGAAGGCCAAUAUUGGCUCUGUUAUGGACCAAAUUGAUACUCUUGUUAAUUUAAAGGAAAAAAUUGAGUGCGAUGUUGCCAAAUUUGGAAGUGAACCGACGCUGAAACUCGAAAAAUCAAUAAAAGAAUCUGAAAGAGAAGGUAGGAAGUUAUUUGACGAUGUAUUAGCGCGGCGAGACCGAGCCGAAAAAACUCGAAAUGCUCUAAAUGUACUAGCCCGGUUUAGGUUUUUGUUUUGUUUGCCUUGUGUAAUAGAUAGGAAUAUAAAGAAAGGUGAAUACGAUAUCGUGAUCAACGACUACAUAAGAGUUAAAAAUUUAUUCAAUAAAACUGAUGUGCCUAUAUUUCAGUCUGCACUUAAUGAAGUAGAAAAACGAAUAACCGAUCUUAAAAAGAAGCUUCUUACGGACUUACAAACAAUGCCAAUAACUGUAGAACAACAAAAACGCUUAAUUAGAUACUUAGUGAAUUUAGACUGUACCGAGGAUCCGGCUUGGAAAGCCAUUGAAAGUCGCUCAGCUUACAUCAACAAAAAUAUAAAACAAAUUUAUGGUGAACACAAUGUCGAAAAAACGGACCCUAAAUCGAAGUCAAAUUCCACGUCGAAAUUUUCAAAAUAUAAUCCUCCGCCUCAGAAUGACUUGAACACAGUUCCCGCAAAUGUAAAUUUUAUUGACGAAAUUUGUCUCAGCAUAUCUGAAACAUUCCCCGAUUUAUGGAAAAUUGGUCAAGCUUACUUUUCAGGGGAAUUACGAGUGAAAGUCGAGCCUGGCCGCCAUGUUGAAUUUAAACACAUAGUCAUGACAAUAAUGGAGAGCUUUUGCAAAUCAAUCCGGUCGUCCUUAAUCCCCAACACUCUAGAUAAAACCGACAAAACCACCCUCGGGUCUUGGACAAUUCCCGAGCUUGAAGAAGUCGCGCCGUUCUUACCCGAAAUUCUCCGAUGUGUGCGCUCGACUUAUAUCGCUUUAAUUAAGUUAGAUUUGCCGAGUGAAGCUUUAGAUAUAGUCUCGUCACUUUUACUAGACUUGCGGAUACACUGUAUGAGUACUUUAUUCAAACAAGCUGCAGAACAAAUAAAACAAUUGAACGAGAAUUGGAAAAUUGAUUUCAGUGGCAACCAUGUAGGGAUAACCGAACUUCCAAUCAAAUUCGAGCGAAUCAUUCAAGACGUCAUCCAAAUCGUUAAAGAGUCGGUCUUGUCGACGGAACAACGCGAAACUCCCCUUUUGGAAAACCCAACCGCGCAUAAAGAAUUAGAUAAGCAAAUUGAGGCAGUUUUGGUGUCGUUUCAUAACGCUUUAAAUAAUCUGUCUUCGGAUGAAAGUUGCGAUGAUGAUGAGGAUACAUCACCUGUCGUUUCGCAAUUAAUCGGAACUCCAAUUAAUGGCUAUAGGACGAAUUAUACUAAUAAUAAUAUGCCAAUUUGGGAGCACAGACUUUUGAUAACCCUCUCCAAUUGUCUCUAUACGAAAAAUGUGGUCUUUGAUAACAUUUUGAAGAAGUUUAAGGAGAGCGGUUUUCCGGCACCGGAAACUCCCGUCAAAAACGCCAAAGAUAAAUUAGAUGUGCUUGAAAGGACGAUUCUGGAGAAGUAUUUGGAACAGAAAAGUGAUCCUUUAGUUGGGACAAUUGAGCCCUCGAUGUAUUUAGGCCGAUUUGAUUGGGAUAUUGAAAUAACCCCCAAUAGUAUCCGGCCAUAUGCAAAAGAGUGUAUAAAUAACCUCAUUCAUGUCCACUCUGAAGUUAACAGUAUUUCGUCUUCUUUACUAGAAAGCGUACUUCCUCAAGUAGUCCUAACGAUAGCUGAAGAGUUAUACCGACUUAUGUCCUGUGUUCAGAACUUUAGCCAAGGUGGAGCACAACAAGCCAGAGCUGAUAUUAGCGCACUUCAAAUAUUUUUCGACCACUACUCGACACCAAAGGCUAGGAGUUAUUUUCAAGAAGCUUUGGACAUUAUUCCCCCACUCGAAAAUGCUGAAGCAACUGUUGUGCAGGAUAUUUUAAGACAGUGUAAGGCCCGAAUGAGAAUACAACUUCUGUGUUUAACGUCACACGCGAAUGGGCCAGUUAAAAAAAGAUCUCAUUAAUUCGACAAGCUUAGUGUAACUGUGAUUCUAUUGCUCAUUAUUUUUUUCAAACUAUUGUCUUUUAAUAAAAAUAAACAAAUUAUUUGUAUAUAAAGUUAGGGAUGCCUUGAAGACAAAGUAAUAAUAUGGUCGUUCAGUUUAUUAAUUUAUUCCACAGUUUUGUGAUACUUUAUGUACAGUUUCAGUUGUAAUUAUAUUGUGGGUAACACUUAUAUUAAAUUUUUUUUAGGAUGUACGAUAUUUUUGUGUAAAAUAUAAUAAAAAGAUUAACUUAUUUA